ACUACUGCUGAUUUGGUCAAUUUGGGUAAAGGACUUUACAAAAUUAAGCUGACUGCUGAUUCAGAGCAACGUGUGAUCCAAGCCAGAGAUCUCAUUGAGAAGAUCAUUUCUGAAAACAAAGUUGUUUAUGGAGUUAACACAGGAUUUGGAAAAUUUGCACAAACUAUUGUGGGAAAAGAUCUACUUAAGGAACUGCAGUACAAUCUGAUUCGCUCCCACAGUGCUGGGGUUGGACCCCCCCUAAGUCCGGAGCAGACCCGGAUGCUACUUGCUCUUAGGAUUAACAUUCUAGCCAAAGGUUAUAGUGGUGUUUCCUUGGAGACCCUUCAGAAAAUGGUUGCAGCCUUCAAUGCCUCUUGCCUCUCUUGGGUCCCUGAGCAAGGGACAGUAGGGGCAAGUGGAGACCUGGCACCCCUAGCUCACUUGGUUCUGGGGCUUAUAGGAGAAGGGCGCAUGUGGUCCCCACAGACUGGCUGGGCUGAUGCCAGAAAUGUACUAGAAGGCCAUGGUUUGACCCCAAUAUCACUGAAACCCAAGGAGGGUAUUGCUCUCAUUAAUGGAACGCAGUUGAUAUCAUCACUGGGAGCUGUUGCACUUGUAAGAGCUGAGGCUAUCGCUCGACAGGCUGAUGUCAUUGCAGCUCUUACUUUGGAGACACUGAAGGGAACAAACAAAGCGUUUGAUCCUGAUAUCCAUGCAGUAAGGCCUCACCCAGGUCAGAUUGUGGUUGCCCAGCGAUUCAGGUCUCUUCUCCAUUCUGACGUUUUUCCUUCACAAAUCACAGGGGAAGGCUCUGACUGUGUUCAGGAUGCUUAUACCCUACGCUGCUGCUCUCAGGUGCAUGGAGUGGCCAACGACACCAUUGAUUUUGUGAAUAAAAUUCUCACUGUUGAACUAAACAGCGCUACAGACAAUCCUCUGGUGUUUGCAGAUCGAGGAAUCACUAUUUCAGGAGGAAACUUUCAUGGAGAGUAUCCGGCCAAGGCUCUGGACUUUCUGGCCAUAGGAGUGCACGAAUUGGCAAGUAUCAGUGAACGUCGCAUUGAGAGACUGUGUAACCCCUCACUCAGCAAACUUCCUGCUUUCCUAGUGAAAGACGGAGGCCUUAAUUCAGGCUUCAUGAUAGCCCACUGCACGGCUGCUGCCCUCGUGUCAGAAAAUAAGGUGCUGUGCCACCCGUCCUCCGUGGACUCCUUGUCCACCAGUGCAGCCACUGAAGACCAUGUAUCUAUGGGGGGAUGGGCAGCCAGGAAAGCCCUAAGGGUGGUUGAACAUGUGGAAAAAGUUCUUGCCAUAGAGCUGCUCGCUGCCUGUCAGGCUUUGGAGUUUCACAGGCCAUUGAAGACCACAGCACCACUGGAAAAGGUUUAUGAGCUGCUGCGCUUUCUAGUCAGGCCGUGGGACAAAGAUCGUAUCAUGAGCUGUGAUAUCGAAGCAGCUCACAACCUCCUUCUAGAGGAAAAAGUGUGGGAGGCAGUGCUACCCUACAUGGAGCAGUACAAGCAGAAGCAACACCAAAUGACUGACAGCUAAAAUCAACCUUUUUGGAAUUUCAUGAUCUAAGUCUUAG